AUGGUGCCUGAGAGCAGCACUCCUGAAUCGCGGAGGUCAUCUUCGUCUUUACGGUCCUCCAGCAUCGAAACGACUGUGACAAAAUUACUGAUGUCCACAAAGCACCUUUUGCAGGUACUCACCCAGUGGUCCAAGGGAUCUGUCACAGGAAAGACCGUUUCAGAUACGUACGUCCAGUUAGGGAAUGAUUUCAAACUAGUCUCGAAAUACUUUCAGCACCAUGGGGUCGAUGUGUCAGAUUUAGGUGAUGUGCCGCUCAAUUUGCGUCAUAUAUUGGAGCUUACGUUGCGAGGUACUCCAUCUGACGAAACAUUAAACAAAUAUUUGCCUCAGAUUAGGGAAAUUAUUGUCCGCUUACUCGACAAACUAAAGGUUAAACAGGCUUACUUGAAGAACACGAGGAGGGAAAAGCAAAUGUUUAGACACAGUCAAAAUAGUUCCAUAUCGAGCGCAAUUUCAACCAGUUCACUUUUUACCCCGGCCCCCAGUAACGGUGACGCUCGUGACCAGGCGAAUGAGAUCCCCAUUAACCGCGAUCGAGUUGUGACCAAUGACAAGGAAGCGAACACUACGGAUCCAGACGCUGAAGCUACUAGUUAUUUGAAUCCUUCAAAAACUAGAAGCUCUGCUGAUGAAAAUGCCUUACUACAGCUGAAAAAGGGAACCAACCUACAGCGACGUGCCUCAAAGCGAUACUCUGCGUACCAUAUGGCCAAACUGACGAACCAUUCGACUGCAGAAGCUGCAGGACAUGUACCGCAUUUACCUCCCCAGCCCGUUUCGAAUCAGCAGCUCAUUGUUGAUAAAGAACUUGAGGACGGGACACCACUUGCAGCGGAGAGUGUACGCCAGGAAAGGGUAUCAAGUAUUAGGAAAACUGAGCAGGGCGAUGAAAAUACAAAUAUAGUUUCAGAAGGAAGCUAUACUUUAUUUUUAAAACUACACGGAGAGACCAAAAAAUGUCGUACACCCAUAAUAACGACAACGAAUGCGCUCCGCUUGCUGUUUGUAGAAAGGUUUGCUUACUCCCCCGGCGGCAACAUUUUUCCCAAUAUUUACAUCUUAGACCCCCAAUACUCAGUGUUCUAUGAACUCGAGGAACAGGACAUUACAGAGCUAAAGGAUGGGUCCGUCUUACAGUUACAGACAGAAUCUGAUAAUCCAAUUACACAAAAAGAUAUCAACAACUUUAUGAUACAGGUUAAGAAUGAAAUUAGCAAAUCACAGGGCGAGAUUCUAUCACAGUUGGGAAGAGCGGCUCCUACCGAGACAACUCCCAUUCCAAAAGCUGUUGCCGCUCCCUCCGCAGUCGAAAAGUCUUCACAUAGUGUUGAAGCUAAUGAAUCGAAAAUAAAGGAACUGCAACGCCAAAUUUCAAUCGUAAAGCAGGUCUACCAAUCGAAUAAACAAGAAAUUCAAGAAAGCAUCAAAGAUGUUCUUUCUAAAAUUACUGAAUUUAAGACUGCCCCACUAAGUGCUGGAGAGUCAACGAGCCGGUUGUACAUAGAAAAAUCCCAAACUGAAUUGAAUGAUUUGUCUGAUGGUUUGCUGAGCAAAGUGGACGAUUUACAAGAUUUAAUUGAAGUGCUUAGAAAAGAUGUUGCAGAUCGGGGUGCAAAGCCGACCCGAAUGAAGAUGAAUUCUUUGAAUGCUGAACUCAACAAAGCAAAAUCCGAUCUAGCAAAGAUGGGGAAAUUUAUUGAUACUGAAAAACCACAUUGGAAGAAGAUCUGGGAGACAGAGCUGGACAAAGUGUGCGAAGAGCAGCAGUUCCUCACCCUACAAGAGGAACUAAUUGUAGACCUCCAGGAAGAUUUAAAUAGGGCUCUUGAAACAUUUGACUUAAUAGAAUUAUGUUUUGAAGAGAAAGAGAAGAACGCAGACAAAGCAAAGAUUAACGUUCCUGUCCUGCCACUACUGAAACCGGGGACAUUUAAUCAAGUUAGGGAGCAGAUGCUAAUGGCUGUGGAAUCGCUGACACCUAACCACGAAAGCAGGGUGAAUGCAAUUUCUAGGGCAGAAAAGUUGUGGAAGAAGGAGAAGGAUUAUCGAGAUAAGGACGCGUUUGAAAAUGAACUGGGCUAUUUUGUUGAAAACUCGAAUUUGAAAAAAUCUGGCGGUGUGGAAGAGGUGGAACGGUCUAGACGACAAAAAGACGAGGAAAAUCUUCGUAAUAAUUUUGCUAACUUUAGCUGA